AUGGCCCAGGCACCACCCGAGCAGAUUAACGCUCAGUUCGGAGGCAAAUCGAACCUCUUCGCUCAAACCGCAAGUGGAUCUAGUGACUCGCAAGAUCACAAUGCGACUGGAAAUGCCCAACUACCAAAAGGCGUAGUUCUGGACAAGGAUGGCAAGCCCUGCCGAACCUGCACAUCAAUGUCCUCCUGGCGCGCCCUAACAAAACAAGCCCAAGCUGACCCCUCCGCAAACACAUCAUCAUCCUCAACUACAACCUCCACAAACCCCCUCGCAGCCCCCGCAACCCCCUCCCCAAGCUCAAUUCCCUCAGACUGCCCGCCCGACGUCGAAGCCCUGGGCCGCUCAACCUGGACCCUCCUCCACUCAAUGGCAGCAACAUACCCGGAGAAAGCAGACACAAAGCAGCAAGAGGAUAUGGGCGGGUUUCUGAAGCUUUUCUCACGACUAUACCCGUGCUGGGUAUGUGCGGAUGAUUUCCAGGGCUGGAUGGCACACCCGAGUGGGAAUAACCGGCCGAAGCUUGGUGGGCGGAAGGAGUUUGGGUGGUGGAUGUGUGAGGCGCAUAAUGAGGUUAAUCGGAAGUUGGGGAAGCCGGAGUUUGAUUGUCGGUUUUGGGAGGAGAGGUGGAGGUCUGGGUGGAAGGAUGGGAGGUGUGAUUGA